UAGUGACGAUUCGAGUGCGCCGUCCAGCAAUUUCUGGCGGCAUUCCCUGCCCGCCCAGGGUGAAUAAUGACCGUUCGCUGCCGCCGGCCCAAUGAAUUGGCAGCGACUUAGUGAUAAACUUUCACCGCUCAAAAUGAUGACCACCACCAAGAAGGUCGACUACCUGUCGACCACUCCGACCUCGGCCACGACACCGUCGUCCACCAGCCAGCCGGACAGUCUCGAUCUGGACUACGACAUGUGGCAGGGCCAGUUCGAGUUCGUCGGCGGCCCGGCACCGCAGCCGUCGGCCAUCGGCAAACAGUCACGCACCUCUAGUCUGGAAGAUUUGCGCCUAAACGGGUACAUCCCGCCCGAUCAGCCGGUGCUGAUCGACGAGGAAACGUUCCUCAGCCUGCACCCGCACGACUUCCCGUCGUCCGGGCCGCAGUCGGGCUUUUUCCUAGACGAACCCGGCGAAGGGCAACCGCAGCUCAACAACAACCCCUGCAUCGGCACCACGGCGCAGAGCAACAUACUCAACAUCAAGCUGCUCAACAACAAAACGAACAACCUCAUCAGCUCGGUCAUUAUCGAGGAAAAGAACGCCAAAAAUAAUCUGAUCAACAGCAACCUGAAGCUGAUCAACGACAACCCGGAGCUGGGCAACAAGUACAUCCUGAAGGCCAGCCACAACGGGAGCAGCAAAAUGAACGAUCUAAUCAAAACAGACCUAUGUGAUAAUCUAAACGAGCAACUCGAAAUACUACAACGGCAAGUCACCAAUCUGGCGGACACGCAGAGCAAUGUCGACGAUCGUACGAGUAGAACCAAAACGGAAUAUGCUGUCCUGCAGGCCCGCUAUCACAUGCUGGAGGAGCAGCUGAGAGAGACUGAACUACGGGCCGAAGAACGGCUAACGCAGGAACAGAAGCGCCACCGGGAGCUGCUGGCGCGUGUCGAGCGGGAGGCCAAGCUGCAGAAUGAGAACUGCCAGAUCCGGAUACGAACGAUGGAGGUGGAGAUCACCAGCGUGCGGGAAGAGAUCCAGCGAUUGCGCUCCCAAAGCGACAAACAGGCGGCGGAUCUGCACGCCACGGAGGAGAAGCUGGAGAAAACGCGUGACUCCCUGAUGACCGCACAGCAGGACCUGGCCGAAGCGAAGGCGGAAGAGAAGAAACACCGAGCGGAUAAGCAAGCGGCCGAAGAGCUGAUGGUCGAGCUGGGCAAGGAGUGUGAACGUUUGCGAACGGAGCGUGGGCCAGCACUGCCCACGACGUCGCCCGAAUCGUUGCGGCUCGAGGAGCUGCACCAGGAGAUGGACGAGUUGCGCCAGAAGAACAAAAGUCUCGAAGAGUCCAACGAGGAGCUGCAGGCCAUGAUGCUGACGCGCAGUAUCGAGGAAGGGCGCAAUCUGCUGAACGGCCCCAGCAACAGCCUUGCCCAGGAGCUGGAAGCGAUGAGCCAGAAUCAGGAUUCCGUUGAUUCGUCCACUUUAGCGUCAUUAACACAGCUUCAGGUGGCGUUCCAGGAAAAGGAGGACGAAAACCGACGACUCAAGCACUACAUCGACACCAUGCUGCUGAACGUGGUCGAGAACUAUCCCCAGCUGCUGGAAGUGAAAGCGGUGUGAAUCCGGAGUCGGCGGCCAGAGAGCGGCGUUUCAACGCCGCGUUUAGCAACUUUUUAAGACCCUACGAUUCGCGUUACUCAUACUCCCUAGGGCUCACUCGCGCACGUGUUUAAGGUCCUGGCGCUCGCUCCCCGGUGUGUUAUUACUACAGGGCAAAACAGUACGACAGUCGGACAGCGGAUAUAAAAUUGCCACCCGGCCCGGGGAGCCCAGCGGCCAUGAUAAGAUGUGUAACGUACGUAAUGUGGACGACAGUAAGCAAUAUUCGUAAAUUUAUAUUUUACAUAAUAAUAAUUUAAGUACUCGUGUCUCGUGUAAACAAAGGAAGGGCGGCCGAGUUUUUCGUAAAGAAACGUGUAGGGUACUGUUACGAAUCAGGCGCG